UCUUUACAUUCUCUCACAUUCCAAUGACUCCAUGAGACAGAAAUAACCUCCUGCGAAGAGCGGUUUUUGUUCAUUGAAGCGUUUUGUAUUGAUCCGGACUGGGAAGAACUUGGGAUUGCCUAUUUCAUAUCAUUUUUUCACUUCUAUUUCUUUUCCUUUUUUUGCACUGGCCAUCCAAGUACAUUAGCAUUCCGUUAUUUUGUAACAUCCCUAUAUUCGGUAUUAUAUUUUUACGUAUUUAUUUUUUAAUAGCCUUUUGAAAAGUUUCCCGUUGUUUUUUGCACAUCGAUUUAUCUUUCCCUGAGCAAAGUCGCGAUUUGUUUCGUUUUUCAGUCGCAAGUAUAGUAUAAUAAAAGUAUCUAAAAUGACAGGUGUGACUUCUUUGGACUCAGUGAAGAGAAAGAUCCAGACUUUGCAGCAGCAGGCGGAUGACGCAGAAGAUCGAGCUUUGGUUCUACAGCGCGAGCUGGACAAUGAGCGCGAGCUCCGGGAGAAAGCUGAGGGUGAUGUGGCGGGUCUGAACCGCAGGAUUCAGCUGGUGGAGGAGGAACUGGAUCGGGCUCAGGAGAGGCUGGCAACUGCACUGCAGAAACUGGAAGAGGCGGAGAAAGCAGCAGACGAGAGCGAGAGAGGCAUGAAGGUCAUCGAGAACCGUGCCAUGAAGGACGAGGAGAAGAUGGAGAUCCAGGAGAUGCAGCUGAAGGAGGCCAAACACAUCGCCGAGGAGGCCGACCGCAAAUACGAGGAGGUGGCCCGUAAACUGGUGAUCCUCGAGGGGGAGCUGGAGCGAGCCGAGGAGAGAGCUGAAGUCGCCGAAUGCAAAACUAGUGAUUUAGAGGAGGAAUUAAAAAACGUUACCAACAACUUUAAAUCCCUAGAGGCUCAGGCAGAGAAAUACUCGGAAAAAGAAGACAAGUAUGAAGAGGAAAUUAAAGUUCUUAGUGACAAGCUGAAGGAGGCCGAGACCCGUGCAGAGUUUGCUGAGAGGACAGUGACCAAACUGGAAAAAUCCAUCGAUGACCUGGAAGAAAAAUUAUCUUCUGCAAAGGAAGAAAACCUCGGAAUGCACCAAGUGCUGGAUCAGACACUUCAGGAGCUGAACAGCUUAUAAAAGACACGACGAUGAGAGAGAACGACGUCCAUCGUGCAACAUUCCACAAAUACUCUCCUUCAUUCCAACUCGCAAGCUAUUCAGCCCCAUUUUCUCACAGAAUGGGCUAAUAAUUUAAUUUUUGAUCUGAGGUAUUUCUUUUGCGCUUUUAUCCAAGCUGGCUUGAUAUAGCUACUUCCAAAACAUAGGCAAACAACCUGAGGUGCUACAACCGAGUUUUCCCACUAAAAGAACGGUAUAAAUAGUUUAAUAAAUGCCAUACCGCAUGGAAAGUGAAUAUGUUAAUGUGCUGAGCUGAAAUUCACUUGAAGUUGUGCUAUUAAUGUGUUUUAUGGUCAAAUGAAGACAUUAUGUGUUAUUAUUUCAGCCUUUCAUAUGUACAUCAUGCGCUCCAUCUAUUGGCCACAUGAUGCACUGCAGUACAUCAAUCCAUUGAUAAUGCCAUGUUAUUUUUGACAAGAGAACUUUUGUGGAACCACCACAAAAUGGGGACCAAACAAAGGCCAAAGAAACAUUAGCUCUUCCCUAGUCAUUUCUGUGAAUGCGUUUUGUUGCCCCCUCCACCCCCCCCCCCCCCCGUCAAAUUAGUAUUUCAAAAUAUCGCAUAAAUAACAUUUCUUUUCCACUUGUAAUAAAUUUUUAUAAAAAGUC